GAAAUAAAGAUGUGUUUGCAUGUGUAUAUUGUUUGUUACUUAUCUACAAGUUAGACGAAUAUAUUCAAUUAAAGAAAACCAGCGAUCCUAGUCAUUUAAGCCAGUAUUAUGGGAUGGUUUAAAUAGUUUCAUGUUUAAUUAUCUAGUAAGAAUGUUUUGUGGUGAAUAUGAAACUGAUGAACUAUCCAACAUUCAUGUUGAAGGCAAUUCUGGUAUUAAAGCAUCAUCAUCUUCAUCAAUUUCUUGUGGAUGUAUAGAAAGUACAUCUAGUCUUAACAAUCCAAGUAAAAUUAGCUCACGAAUACUUGAAGAUGCUGCAUUAAAAUUAUGGUCAAAUUUAAAUUUGGAUAGAAUAAAUUUCAAUAACGAAUUGAUAAAAUUAACUGCAAAGUUGCAAGAAAAUAUUGCUAUUAAUUUAAAUCAUCAACAUCAAAAUCAUCAUCAUUGUAACGAUGACAGUGAUAAUGAUAAUAACAGUAAUAAGUUAGCACAGAUUUUAUCUCUGUCUAACUUCAAAAUAAAUCCAUCAUUGUCAUUAUCAUGUUCCCAGUCAACAUCGUCAUCUUCUAUAUUACAUGAUAAUACGAACAAUAAUACCGAUACUAUUGCCACUACUAUAAGUACCAAUAAUGACAUUCCAUUAUCACUAACCAAUUAUUCAACUGUAUCACAAAUUGCUCGAUUUGCAUCGGCUGCUAACCUUUUCAAUUCUACUGGAGUUGAUCUACAUUGUCCCACUAAUUUUUAUACAAUUCAAAAUGAUAAAUUGAUCACUUCUAGUUAUAAUAUUGAUGUUCAUACAAAUAUUGCUGAAAACUUAAUUUCUAACAAUAUACCCACAACUAUUACUUCCAAUACAAACACUUUAGUAUCUGUGAGCAGUACUACGUCUUUUACAAAUUACACAACUGCUCACUUCAUUGAUAAUUCUUUUCGAAACCAAGAAGAAGAUUUCAAUUUAAAGAGUGAAAAUGAAAUUUCAUUUCAUGUACCACAACAACAACUGAAUCUGCCUGAUUAUUAUCAUCAUCACCAAGAACAACAACAAACCACGAAACCAAACUUUUGUGCAGCACAAGAUGAGGGAAUAAACAUCUCAGUUGAAUUGAAACAGACAAAACCUUCAACAGAAUUAAUCAAAACUAAACAGACAUUAUAUUGUUGUUCUAUAUGCCGACAAAGAUUUCAUUCAAACACUGGACUAAGACGCCAUAAUUUAGCUUUACAUGCAACCAAAGCUAUGAAAUGUGACCAAUGUGUGAAAGUUUUCAGACAUCAAGCAGCUUUAUCUGAUCAUAAAAAACGUGUUCAUGGUCCACGUGAAUAUAUUUGUGGUAUAUGCUCAGCAGAUUUUGCUACAGAAACUUAUCUACGUUCUCAUGUACGAAUUCAUGAUGAAAAACGAUUUGUUUGUUUAGAAUGCAAACAUGGUUUUUCAAAUCCAUCCGAUUUAAAAAAUCAUAUGAGGAUACAUAAUGAUGAAAAACCAUUUGAAUGUGAAGUGUGUGGAAAAGCAUUUCGCCAUGUUAGUGGAUUUUAUGCUCAUAUACGAAUUCAUACAGGUGAAACACCAUAUCAAUGUGAAUUGUGUGCAAAGAAAUUUAGUAAUGCAAGCAAUUUUCGCAUGCACAGAAGGGUACAUACGAAGGAAAUGCAAUUCCGCUGUCAAACAUGCGGUAAAGAGUUUAUCCAACCAAGUAACUACAGUCGACACUUAAGAAUACAUACAAAAGAAAAACCUUAUUCAUGUAACUUAUGCUCAGCAAAAUUUCUUUAUUCAACUUCUUUAAAACGACAUCAACAACGUCAUCAUGGUUUAGAAUUAUUAAGAUGUCAGUUAUGUCAGAAAACAUUUUUAAAUGAAUCAUGUCUUAUUCGACAUCGUACUGGUUGUGAAUUACGCGCUUGUGUUAAAACGGCAGAUGAAGAAUUAUACACUCAUUUAUUAUAAAACUAAUAACAUCAAGAAAAUCUGUCUACACUUAACAUAAUACUUCUCUUUUUACAACUAGAAAAUAAUCAUAAUAAUAGUAAUAAUGUAUCAACUUAUAUUAUAAAUGAGUAGAUUUAUUAAUCUUGUUUUGUUUAACUCUUCUUUUUAUUCGCUAAAAUAAAUGUUCACUUAUUUUUUUACACAUUCAGAAGAAGAUUAUCAACAUGGUAACUAUGAGCAUUAUUUUUAUUUGAACUAUUUCACCAUACUAUUUUUUUCUAAAGAGAAAAUCUUUGAUGAUAAACAUUUUACGUCAUUUUUUUUUCUUUUUUUAUAUAAACCACUUUUUAUUGGUUUAUUUUUGCAGUUUGUUUUCCAGUUUUUUAAUAUCAGAUAAUGUGCUUUAUCAUACCUUAACGUUUAUUUUGUCAGAUAAUAUUCGUAACAAUGAGAAUUAAAAUAAUAAAUUUUACACAUAUUUUUUCUUCAUAAAUAAUGAUCAAUUUCUUGAAGCCAUAUAUUAAUAUUAAAUUUCUCACACAUUUAUCAUUGGUGAUAUUAUAACGCUAACUAUCAAGUGAAUGAAUAUAAGCUCAUUUAUCCAAUUGUUGUAAACGAGAACUCAGGUGGAGAUGAAUAAUUUAUUAUUUAAUACAAAAUUAAAGAAUAUCUUGGUAAAAAUAUGCAAACCAUACAAUGAAUACUUUAUUUGCAAAAUUCCAUCAUUUGACCUUCACAUUCUGUAUGGUUCUUCCAAGUCAUAAUUUCUUACUAUAUCCGUUUCUGUUUUCUUUAAAUUGACCUUCAUAGCCUUUUUCUGUUAUGCAUUCCUCUUCUGGUUGGUGUUACAUGCUACUUAUGUCGACAUACAUGAGUUCUUCUGAACGACGUACAUCUACAUUUAUCUCCGGCCACCAGCAUGUGAGCCUAGCCGAGGAUUUCAUUUUCUAAAUACCUAAAUGUCCAUCAUAAUGAUUUUCAAGGGCAGAUCUACAUAAUGAAGGAGGAAUAACAACACGACCAUUAAAAUACAAAAUACCAUCAGGAGUAGUGGAUAACUCGUCCCGCUUUGAAAAAUAGUCAGGAAAUAUACGUUUUGGAUUAGCAUUCCAACCUUUUCGUAUGACACCGAGUAUACAUCAACAGUACCGACGAGUUUCUCUAGAGAGAUCUGAAUUUCUCACUGGUAAAAGGUUGUACUAACAAACAGUCGUCAGUAUUAACAGGUUUAUCGUGGAAAGAUUUUCGAGAUAUGUAGUCGCUAUGUUGAAUUUGGCACUUCUGUGCUGAAUCGUAUAGUCAUAGGCACUCAAAGCAAUACUCCAUCGUUGAACCAUAGAAGAUGAGGAACGUGCUAAGGAUUUUUCAGGAUUAUAAAUGAACUUUAAAUCUUCGUGAUCUGAAACAACAGUGAAUUUGUCACCAAAUAAAUAUUUCUGAACUCGUUUGACAGCCGAAAACACAGAUAAUUCUUCUCGCUGACUUUGUGAAUAAUCUUGUUCAUUAACAGUAAUUUUGUGUGAAACACAGAUAACUGGUCUACCUUCCUGUUCUAAAACUGCGCCGAUACCCACAAGUGAUGCAUCAGUAAUAAGCAUAGAAUGUACACUAGAGGGGUAACUUUGAAGAACAGCAUCACUUUGAAGGAACUUUAGCAGACUUCGUAAGCACGACACUUGUUCAUCACCACAUUUGAAUGAAUUCAAUGUCAAAAUAUUAAAUAGACAAUUGGCAAAACAAGGUAAAUUAGGAAUAAAACGGAAAUAGUACUGAAGAGCAUCCACUAGUAAACAAGUCAUCCGUACUGUAACAACUUAUUGUACAUUUAUUGUUGUUGUGCUUGUAUGAAAUAUGUAUACUUGAACUUUGUUUCCGCCUACGCAUCUAUCCAUCCUGCUAGCUUUAUUAUUAGCUGCUUAACUGAUUCGAUGAUCUAUUCAUUUCCCUAUAUUUAUAGACGUACAUUUACACUCUACACUCACAGUUCGCUGACUCAUUCAUUUGCCUCUCUGCUUUCUGGUCUGAGUUAUCUGCUAAUAAAACUGUAGUUGCUACUUCUCUUUGC